AUGCCACAAUAUCAGCUUUUACUGUCACUAGCCCUCGCUAGCAGCCAUAUCUUGGUCAGCGCGACGGACUCUUCUCCAGUGGAGGACUACGAUGUCCUACAAUAUGUCGACCCCUUGAUCGGCACUGCCAACGGAGGAAAUGUCUUUCCAGGCGCUACAUUGCCAUACGGCAUGGCGAAAGCUGUGGCGGACACAGACUCAGAAAGCAACCAAGGCGGCUUCGCCUUCGAAGGCGGCAAUGUGACCGGAUUCUCAAGCAUGCAUGACUCGGGCACUGGAGGCAGUCCCUCGCUGGGAAACUUCCCGCUGUUCCCAUACGCAAAAUGUGCCGACGAUGAUGUGAAUGGAUGUGUGUAUCCUAAAAAGCAGCGCAAGGUCAAGUACAAGCCCGAUACGGUGCAGGCGCAUCCGGGAUAUUUUGCUAUUGAGCUUGCGUCUGGGGUUCGUGUUGAUAUGACUGCUGCGCAGCAUACAUCUUUGUUCCGAUUCCAGUUUCCGAAUGGAAGCAGUCCGUUAGUCCUGCUUGACCUUACCGAUUUGUCGGAUUCGAGGCAGGAUAAUGCGAGUAUUUCUGUCAAUGAAUCUACUGGUCGAAUGACUGGCAAUGCGCGAUUUGCGCCUAGUUUUGGAAGUGGUUCUUACGUGCUACACUUCUGUGCGGACUUUGAAAGUCCGGCUUCGAAGCGGGAUAGUGGCAUCUUUGUCAAUUCUCGCGCGAGUGCUGAUGUUCAUGAUUUGACGAUUUCGAGGUCUAUUAAUGGUUAUCCUCUUCCGGGCGGUGGAUUCAUCCGCUUCCAAACAGCUCCAGAUAAUACCAUUCUAGCUCGAGUUGGAGUCAGCUUCGUGAGCACGCAGCAGGCUUGCUCGCAUGCCGAGUCUGAGAUUAAGGAUUUCAACUUCAAUUCCACUCACCAGACAGCCAUUGAUCAGUGGACUGAGAAAAUGCGUCCCAUUCGCGUGUCCCGGACUGGAAUUGAUAACUCGGUUCUCACAAACUUCUUCAGUGGCGUAUAUCGCACGAUGGUCAACCCCCAGGAUUACACUGGAGAGAAUGUGCUCUGUCUAUGGGACUCAUUCAGAUCCCAAAUUCCAUUCUUGACUAUCUUCGAUCCUAACGCUGUAAUCAAAAUGGUCCGUUCACUGAUCGAUACGCAGCGUCAUCUAGGCUGGCUACCAGACUGUCGUAUGUCUCUUUGCAAAGGUAAUCACCCAAGCUCAUCAAAAUUAAGCGUACAAGCUAACGAGGCACAUAUAGGAUUCACCCAAGGCGGCUCAAAUGCAGACAACAUCCUAGCAGACGUCUACCUGAAAGGUCUCCGCGACGGAAUAGACUGGGAAGCCGGCUACGCAGCCGUCCAAAAAGACGCCGAAGAAGAACCAUACGACUGGUCAAGCGAAGGCCGCGGUGGGUUACGCAGCUGGAAGAAUCUCCACUACAUUCCAGUAGAGGACUUCGACUAUGAAGGAUUUGGCACAAUGACCCGCAGUAUCUCUCGCACACUCGAGUACGCAUACAAUGACUUCGCCAUUGCCCAGAUGGCACGCAGUCUGAACAAGACAGCCGACGCAGAGAAGUACGAGAAGCGAUCUCGCAACUGGCAAAACCUCUUUAAAAAGGACCAGAAGUCCCUCUGGAAAGGCAAUGACACCGGCUUUACGGGGUUCUUCCAGCCAAAAUAUCCAAAUGGGACAUGGGGCUAUCAAGAUCCGCUUGAAUGCUCGAACAUCGACACAAGUAACCAUGCAUGUUCAUUGCAGAACACAGCUGGCGAGACCUUUGAAUCGAGUAUCUGGGAAUAUCAAUUCUUCGUCCCGCACGACAUGUCAACCCUAAUCACAACCCUCGGCGGACCCCAAUCCUUCACAAACCGCCUCGACUACCUCCACGACAAAAACAUAACAUACAUAGGCAACGAGCCAGCCUUCCUAACAGUCUUCCAAUACCACUACGCAGGCCGCCCCGCAAAGUCAACCUCGCGCGUCCGAACCUACAUCCCAGACUACUUCUCGCCCAUUCCAGCCGGACUCCCCGGCAACGACGACUCCGGCGCAAUGGGCUCCUUCGUCGCAAUGGCCAUGAUGGGUCUAUUCCCGAAUCCUGGACAGAGCGUAUAUCUGCUCACGGUGCCAUUCUUCGAGGCUGUUAGUAUUGUGAGUCCGGUUUCUGGGAAGACGGCGACGGUUAAGGUUGUGAAUUGGGCUGCGUUUAAUACUGUUAAUGGGACGAGUGGGAGUGGGGGCAUGGGUGGGAGUGGGUUUAUUCAGAGUGCUACCCUUGAUGGGGUUGAUUAUACGAGGAAUUGGGUUGGGCAUGACUUUUUCACGGAAGGGAGGGAGUUGGUGCUUGUUCUUGGGGCGGAGGAGGGGGGUUGGGGGACUAAGGUGGGCGAUUUGCCGCCUUCUUUGGCUCCUGCAGUUCAGGGGGAGGAUCGAGUUGUUGGUGAGACUGUUAGGAGGUGGGAGGGGGUGGUUGAGGAUGGGUUGUUUGGUGGUUCGGAGGUUGGUGAUUCUGGGAAGCAUUUACAUUUUGAGAGGCAUGGUCGUGUCCUUGGGGGUGGACAUGGGAGGAAGGGUUUUGGGGUUUGA